AUGCCACCGUCGCCUGCAACAGCCCAACACGCGGAGCUGGAUGAAGCCCUGCUGGACGCAGACCGUGGCGAUCGCGCCAGCGAUGCAGAGGUUGCGCCGCAGCGUGGGCGGUAUACCACAAGUGCUUCUGGCCAUGAUUCUCGUGACAUGAGCACCUCCAGCCAACCUGUGCGGAUCAAAGGCGAAAGCGACACAGAAGGUGACGACGAUGAUGAACGAGAUAACUUGCGCGUAUUCGAGGCAAGACCAAGCCUCCCAGCUCCUCGGGUUGAGCACCGCUCUUUACAAGAUCUGAUGGGUAAGAGGCCUGUCCACACUCGUAUCAACAAUGCUUACAUCAACACAACAGAUUUGUUGAGCAAAGAUUCCGUAGAUAUCAAUCCUGAGUAUCAGCGGGACGUUGUGUGGAACAAGGAGCGCAUGAUGGGCCUCAUCGACAGUGUCAUUGAAAACCACUACAUCCCUCCCAUCAUCUUCAACCGUCAGAUUUCUCGCAAUCAGGACGGGAAAGCCCGCAUCAAGCGUGUUUGCAUCGACGGCAAGCAGCGUCUCUCAUCGGUAAAGGCCUUCAUGGAUGGAACUAUCGGCUGCCAUGACCGCCGUGGAUCCGUAUGGUACUACACCCCAUCAUCCAAUAAAAGAAGCGCUCGUACCAUUCCCGAACAGACCAGAGAAGCGUUCCGGAACAGAAAACUCAUCAUUUAUGAAUACCCGAAUCUUGGAAGGCUUCAAGAAGAGGACUUGUUCUCUCGUGUCCAAAAAGGAGUGCAGCUGACGACCGCCGAGAAGUUCCGAGCUACAACUGGUCCGUGGCAGGAAUUCGCAGAAUCCUACAAGCGCGACUUUCCCAGAGUGGGCGGCUUGGCUGGACAGAAGCGGGGCGUGGAUUUCAAUAACAUCCUCUCAUCGUUUGGCCAGAUACUCGAGGUUCAGCGCAGCCUUGCCAAUGGAAAUCCUCCCACCUUCAGUACCCAAAUCUCAACCAUCAAAAGUCUGUUAAAGAAUGUAAAAGACUACAAUGCGGAAACGAAGGACAAACUCCGCCGGACAUACAUGAAACUCGACAAAUUGGUUGAGAUUGACCUGAGAGCAUUCAUGGACAAUCAAUAUUCUCAUGCGAAGCUCUUCUCGCCAUUGGAAUUCAUGGCAACGGCGGUUCUGAUAUCCUUGCAUUUGGAAGACGAGAGCAAUCAGUUCCUUCUCGAGAGCAUUCGAAUCAUGCGUCUUUACUUACGACAGUGCCUCAAGGACUUGCGGAUGAACAAGUCGGCUUGGAACUGUGUAUGGCCCUUCUUAGAGAGCCUUCGACCUCCACCUGAGCGUGAAACGCCCCCAGUAACGCCCCCCGAUACAUUGCUCGCAGUCCGGGCUACCAUUGCUCAACGGCUUGCUCACUUAAGUCCUGCAAUUGAUCCAGCUCACAUUCCCAUAAGUGGAGACGUGGACUCUGAGCCACCCCCAACCAUACUCACAGACAUACCAACUGCAACGCCAAACUGUUCAGUCCAACUUUCGAAUGACCGACGCUUUAUCCUGUGUCGGCUGGAGGAUAACCCUGGCCUUCCAAACCACAAUUCACUUGGCCAGGAGAAAACAUCAUCUGUCAGCAGUUCGCCAGCGGAUAUGCAAACUCCACAGCUUGAUACAAGUCAACCUGAAAACGUGGAAGCUAAGCUACGUGAGCACAUCUCCGUUCCCAUAGUGGACCAAACCAGUCAGAUGCCCAAACCCGAGUCUACUGGUAUCAGUAGGAAGAGGAAACUUGCGCGCUUUACGGCAUCGGGCUCCAGUCCCCAAGGUCGUGAAAUAGCACAACCUCCUAAAGUGGGCGAUGCAUCGACAAGACAGAAGCCUCACCCACACAUGGCCCCUGGCAUACUCACGGCCCAGAAAGCAGUCGACGAGACAACCACUCCUUCAAGCCGAAAGCUUUCUGCUAACUCUACAGUUGUGGCCCAAACCCAGCAGUUGAGGACGAAUGGUUCAGAGCUGGUCGUCGAGAUAUCUGAUGAAGAAACUGGUGAAGCGGCUGAGAAUCUUUUGGCGAAGUUCAAGCCACAUACUUCGAAGAGGGUGAAGGUGAAAGAAGAAGAUCUGGAUGUUUGA